GAGCGUGGACGCGCCUGGUCCGCCGCCCUAGGCUUCGGCCUCUCAUCCCGCCUUCGGCGAACCCGACACGGCCUCCGGAGCCUGGGCUCGCCGGUGGCGGGAGGCCGGGGCCCGGCUCGGCCCGGCUUCCCUCCUUCUGCCUCCUCCUGCAGGCCACGGGCGCCUUUCCAAGCUUUAAAAAUGUAGGACGGCAGUGGCCGCCUCCCCCUCCACCAGCGGGUGGUCGCAGGGCCGACGCGGCCCGCUCACGAACUCCGUGGAGCUCCUCCACUCGACAGCCAUUCGAACCCCCUGGAAGCCAGCGGGCUCGAGUUCUGCGCCCAGGACCGACAAUCGCGGGCCCCGAUGGCAAACGACGGGACCGUGACCACGAAUGUGCACUUCGCAGACGGGUAGAAGAUGUCUAUGGAUGUGACAUUUCUUGGGACGGGAGCAGCAUAUCCAUCCCCAACUCGGGGUGCCUCUGCUGUGGUCCUUCGGUUUGAGGGCGAGUGCUGGCUCUUUGACUGUGGGGAGGGAACGCAGACACAGCUUAUGAAAAGCCAGCUUAAAGCAGGGAGAAUCACCAAGAUCUUUAUCACACACCUCCAUGGAGACCACUUCUUUGGCCUUCCCGGCCUCCUCUGCACAAUCAGCCUGCAGAGUGGCUCCACCGUCAGCAAACAGCCCAUUGAGAUCUACGGCCCUGUAGGGCUUCGGGACUUCAUCUCGCGCACCAUGGAGCUCUCUCACACGGAGCUGGUCUUUCCUUAUGUGGUCCACGAGCUGGUGCCCACAGCAGAUCAGUGUCCUGCAGAAGAACUGAAAGAAUUUUCAUGCGUGGAUAAAACAGACGGUUCUCCCAAAGAAGGACAAGGAAGAACAAUCCAGUUAGACUCAGAAGAAAACUCCUACCUUCUGGUUGAUGAUGAACAGUUUGUUGUAAAAGCAUUCCGCCUCUUCCACAGAAUUCCCUCCUUUGGGUUUUCAAUUGUGGAAAAGAAACGCCCAGGUAAACUUAAUGCACAGAAGCUGAAAGACCUUGGUGUUCCACCAGGCCCUGCCUACGGAAAGCUGAAAAAUGGAAUUUCUGUGGUUCUGGAAAAUGGGGUUACAAUUUCUCCUCAAGAUGUGUUAAAAAAGCCAAUUGUUGGGAGGAAAAUCUGCAUAUUGGGCGACUGUUGUGGGGUUGUGGGUGAUGGAGGCCUGAAGCUGUGCUCAGAAGCAGACUUGUUGAUCCACGAGGCGACCCUGGAUGAUGCCCAGAUGGACAAGGCAAAGGAGCACGGCCACAGCACCCCCCAGAUGGCAGCAACGUUCGCAAAGCUGUGCCGGGCCAAGAGGCUGGUUCUCACCCACUUCAGUCAGAGGUACAAACCCGUCGCCUUGGCCAGAGAAGGAGAAACAGAUGGCAUUGCAGAGCUAAAGAAGCAAGCUGAGUCGGUAUUAGAUCUCCAAGAAGUAACUCUAGCUGAAGAUUUUAUGGUGAUUGGCAUUCCAAUCAAGAAAUGAAAACAACAUUCCUAAAUAUAUGUUGCUAUGUCUGUCAAUAUGUUACCAACCUGCAGUCCAGAUUUGGGUUUUUUUUGUUGUUGUUUGUUUUGGUCUGCAUAUCUGGGUCCUAAUAAUCCUAAAAGGAUUGAGCUGCAUUGCUGAACUGAUUCAGUAAGGAGAGGGAGCAAGAUUUUUUUUUUAAAUAAUAAAUCAUUUUUUAAAGUUGAAAAAAAA